UUACAGGUGGUGUGCUUGCUUGGGAACCAACCUCUACGGACCGUUCCCACGGAAGGCCUGUCUCCCACCAUGCGGCCCACCGUGCCCCUUCGUCUCGCCCUGCCGGGGACCCAGGGCCUAUAUAAGUCACAGCCUCGCCCGACCGCCACCACAAUCACGCUGUUACUUCACGAAGGUCGAGCUGGAGGCGCGUAUUUCUAGAACGCACGUUUCCUUCCGCCAAUCGUACGUGAAUCGCCACAGCGACGAUUAAAGUUCGCCGAACCGGUGUGUGACGAGAGAUAAAGCACGAUACCGCGUUCGCGACAAGCUAUUGUAUCGUUGUCAGUGAAGUUUUGAUUGUGCCGCAAGAAUCCGUGGAGAAAAAGGAUUAACCAUGCAGAUGCACGAACAGAUCAUCGUGGUCGAGGGCCAAGAGCAACCGAUCUCCAGGACUUAUCAGUAUCGAAAGGUGAUGAAGCCGAUGUUAGAGCGCAAACGUCGAGCGCGCAUCAACCGCUGCUUGGACGAGCUCAAGGAUUUGAUGGUGACUGCGCUGGCCGGCGACGGCGAGAACGUCGCGAAGUUGGAGAAAGCGGACAUCCUGGAGCUGACGGUGCGUCACCUGCACAAGCUCCAACGUCAGCAGCGUCUCUCGGCAAACCCGGUGAUCGACGCCGACCGCUUCCGGGCCGGCUACACGCACUGCGCGAACGAGGUCAGCCGUUGCUUAGCCGCCACUCCUGGCGUCGACGUCGCCCUCGGCACCAAGCUGAUGACACAUCUCGGCCAUAAGCUCAACUCCAUGGACAAGACCGGACCGUUGACCAUUCACGUGGCCGCACCGCAAUCCUCGCCGUCCUCGGCCAGCGAGCUCAGCUCCGACGAGUACGCGAUGCCGCUUACACCGGCGUCGAGCCAACCGUCUCCAGUACGAACCGACAUUGAAGCCGCUGUCUCCCAGAGCCACCAGGGUCUCCUGCAGGUAGCCAAGCCUAACGAACCUAUCUGGCGACCCUGGUAAAACCCGUCGGAGCCGAUGAAACGGAGUCAACAUCAACCCUCAGAGCCGGUGUAAGGGGAACCCCGAACUUCGAUACCGGUGUUGCAAUCUCGUCUGUGAUCUGAACGGAUGACCGAAUGGACGCAACAAGAAGCAUUCCGAGCAGGAAGAAGAAGAGAAGAAGAGAGAAAGAGCCGUCAUCAGGAUGGAGAAAUGAAGAAGAAGAAGACGACGACGACGAAGAGGAGAAAAGAUACAUAGGCUUAAGGAGUUCCAUUUGCUCAAAAACACUCGGAGUAACGGUAGUAACGAUGCACCGACGCGGACGUCAAGCUCUUCCGUUUCGACCUUUCGGCUUUACACUCUCAACAUCAUCGUCAACGUUCCGCGACAGUCGGAAGCACUGGGAUCUCGAUAUGAUACGUAAUAUUUUCUUCUCGCGGCCCCGCGCGGCUGAAGCUUUAAUUUACUCGACAGUUAGAUAUAUUUUCUAUUGUUUAUUUCAUACUUUUAUCGAGGAUUUUUUUAAUUAUUUUGUCCGUACGGCGCGAGCACGGCGAUUGGUAAUGCGAAGUCGUGCCUAAUCGUCGCUCGCUGAUUACGUUGUUGUAUAUGAAUCUCUCCACCGGUCAAAACAAUCGCAUACGUGACAAGGAUAACGAUAAUCCUUCGAGACGACAAUUUCGACGAUUUUGGAAACACGCGCGCGCUUGUGAUUACCGACCGCGCGAAAAUACAUGACCGAGCGGAGGAUCUUGUGAUAGAGAAACGUGUACCUGUGAUAUUUACUGUAGUAGGCGUAGAGAAUGCUAGAUUUUUAAUAAAUAUGUUUCAUAUCAGCAACA